AGGAAGCCCCACUUUGACAAGAUCCUCAUCGCGAAUCGAGGCGAGAUCGCGUGUCGUGUGAUCCGCACGGCGAAGAAGCUGGGGAUAACGACCGUCGCGGUCUACAGCGAGGUGGAUGCCGACGCACUGCACGUUCGCUUGGCGGACGAGGCGUACUGUAUCGGGCCUGCCGCAUCGUCGGAGAGCUACCUCCGCAUGGACAAGAUCAUCAAAGUCUGCCACCGUAGCGGCGCUCAGGCCGUGCACCCCGGCUACGGCUUCCUCAGCGAGAACGCGCACUUUGCGGAACGUCUCGCGCACGAGGGCAUCGCGUUCAUAGGCCCUCCCGCCAGUGCCAUCGUGAGCAUGGGUUCUAAGAGCGAGUCAAAGACGAUCAUGUCAGACGCGGGCGUGCCAGUCGUCCCAGGCUAUCACGGGGCAGAUCAGGAUCCCGCACUGCUCGCUCAAGAAGCGACUCGGAUCGGCUAUCCGGUGCUCAUCAAAGCCGUGCACGGCGGCGGCGGCAAAGGCAUGCGCGUCGUGCGCUCCGCUGCCGAAUUCGCGGACGCGCUGGAGAGCGCACAGCGCGAGGCGCGCAAGGCGUUCGGGAACGAGCACGUACUGGUCGAAAAGUUCAUCGAGCGGCCGAGGCACGUCGAGGUGCAGGUGUUUGCGGAUGCGCUGGGCGGGUGCGUGAGUCUGUGGGAGAGGGACUGCUCGGUGCAGAGGAGGAACCAGAAGAUCAUCGAGGAGGCACCGGCACCCGGCUUGUCACCGGAGUUGCGCGCGGACCUGAGCGCAAAGGCCGUUGCGGCUGCCAAGGCUGUGAACUAUGUCGGUGCCGGCACCGUCGAGUUCAUCUUUGACAACGAUACGGACAAGUUCUACUUCAUGGAGAUGAACACGCGGUUGCAGGUGGAACACCCUGUCACGGAGAUGAUCACCGGGUUAGAUCUGGUCGAGUGGCAGCUGGAGGUGGCAGCAGGCAACCCGCUCCCUCUCGAUCAGUCGGAAGUCCCGCUGGUAGGGCACGCCGUCGAAGCGCGGAUAUACGCCGAGAACCCGCGCAACGACUUCCUCCCCGACUCCGGGCAUCUGCUCUACCUCUCCACCCCGACGCCCACGCUCACCUUCGCGGCCCCCGUCCCUCCCGCAUCGCGCUCGCCCGCCGAGGCGCUCGUCCCCGUCCUCAGCGGCUCUGCACACGCCGCGGUCGUGCCGUCCGUGCGCGUCGAGCAGGGCUUCGAGGCGGGCGCGCAGAUCGGCGUGUUCUACGACCCGAUGAUCGCGAAGCUCGUCGUGCACGGCCGGGACCGCACGGAGGCGCUGCGCAUGCUCAGGGGCGCGCUCGACGAGUACAGGGUCGUGGGCGUUUCUACGAAUGUGGAGUUUUUGAGGACGCUUGCGGGGCACGGCGCGUUUGUGGAUGGGGAGCUGGAGACUGGGUUCAUACCUGUGAGUGCGUCGCGAAGUUUGUAUGCUAAGUCGGGAGUAGAAACAUCGUGCGCAGCUGUUAGGGUUAGACGCACUCGCUCUGUCUCGCCGUGCUGUCGCCACUGGCAUGCGUGCACGAGACUGCCAGAUGCAUCCACGUGA